ACACAAAAGUCAGGUCCUACCGAGAUUUGAACUCGGAUCGCUGGAUUCAGAGUCCAGAGUGCUAACCAUUACACCAUAGAACCGCUGUGCAACAACAUGGAGGAAAUCUUAAAGUGCGUGUUAUCUGGGGAUCUAGAAACUCUUCAGGGUCUUUUUGAACGUGAAGACAUCAAAGAGGAGACACAGAAAGAGGGUUUGUUCGGGGGAAAGGAUGAGGUCGGGAGGAACUCUCUGAUGGUGGCCAGCAUGUUGGGGAAGACCGCCAUCGUCAGAGAGCUGCUUAGGUUGGGAGCUCAGGUCAACGAGCAGACUGAAGGAGGAGGAUACUCCUCACUGCACCUCGCUGCCUGCUGGAGUCACCUGGACACGGUCAGAGCUCUGCUGGACCUGGGAGCUGACACACAGACAAAGACCUUCAGAGGGGAGAGGCCUGUAGACGUCGCCCGCAGAUACUCCAACACUGCCUGUGCUGACUGUCUCAUCCUGGCAGAAGCUCAACAGGACGUGGUGUCAUAUGUAGCCUUUGUGAAGGACAUCGCCUCUGACCCAGAGAGGAAUCUGACUAAAGAGGAGCGGAAAAUCUGCAAGGCUGCAUGCUCUGCUAAGUCCGAGUGGAUUCAGAGUGUCGUAAACCCAACAGUCUCUGACUUCUCUGCACAAAGGAAAGACAUGGAGGAAACUCUGAAGCCUAUUCUCAGCAAGCUGUCAGCUGAGUGUGAAUAAAGACACUACAGAGAUGAGA